AUGAAAUCGUUAAUCUGUUUAUCGUAUUCUCAUGUGUAUAGCUUCUAUAGUCCAAGUGACGAUGUUGUUACAUUAGAUCCAACGAAUUUUGAUCGAUUAGUUACACAAAGUUCUGAUCUUUGGAUUGUGGAAUUCUAUGCUCCAUGGUGUGGACACUGUCAGUCAUUAACGCCUGAAUGGAAAAAAGCUGCAGCAGCUUUGAAAGGAAUUGUCAAAGUAGGGGCUGUUGAUGCUGAUCAACAUAAAUCUUUGGGAGGUCAAUAUGGUGUUUCUGGGUUUCCGACUAUAAAAAUAUUUGGCACAAAUAAACGUUCACCAACAGAUUAUCAGGGAGGACGUACGGCUGAUGCAAUCGUUGAACAAGCAUUAACACAAUUAAGACAGAUAGUCAAUGAUAGAUUAGGAAAACGUGGAGGUGGUAGCAGUGGAGGUGGUGGCAGUGGUGGAAGCGGCAGCACGAAAGAUGUUGUUGAACUUACAGACAGCAAUUUUGAAUCUACCGUAUUGAAUUCCGAAGAUCUUUGGCUCGUUGAAUUUUAUGCACCAUGGUGUGGACAUUGCAAAAAUUUAGCACCAGAAUGGGCUAAAGCAGCCACAGAAUUAAAGGGUAAAGUGAAACUAGGUGCAUUAGAUGCCACCGUACAUACUCAAAUGGCACAACGUUAUGAAGUACGCGGUUUUCCAACAAUAAAAAUGUUUCCAUCUGGAAGAAAAGAUGGACGAGCUGAUGAAUAUGACGGUGGACGUACGGCAAACGAUAUUGUCACAUGGGCAUUAAAUAAAUUUGUUGCUAAUCUACCCGCACCAGAUAUCGUGGAAAUAACCAAUCAAGAUAUUUUGGACAAAACGUGCCAAGAAAAACAACUAUGUAUCAUAUCAUUUUUACCCUAUAUAUUAGAUUGUCAAUCAAAAUGUCGUAAUGAUCUUCUGAAAAUGUUAAAAGAUUUGGCUGAAAAAUAUAAACGCAAUCAAUGGGGAUGGUUAUGGGUUGAAGCAUUUAAACAGGAACAAUUGGAAAAAGCGGUGGGAAUCGGAGGCUUUGGAUAUCCUGCUCAAGUGGCCAUUAAUUCUAGAAAAGGAAAAUAUGUUGUAUUGAAAGGUGCGUUUAGCGAACAAGGUAUUGGCUCAUUCAUGAAUGAAUUAGCCGUUGGACGAACAUCAAGUCCAUCUGAACCAUUGGCGGACAAUAAAUUGCCAACAAUUGUUAACAGUCAACCGUGGGACGGAAAAGAUGGUGUAUUAGACGUUGUCGAAGAUAUUGAUUUGAGCGAUGUUGAUAUGGAUGAUGAGGAUGACAAUACGAUUAAAAAGAAAGUUGAGCUUUGA